CAAAGGAUUGGCUUCACAGCAAGCCAGACACCUCAGGAGCGAGGGCAGCGCCAGGCCUUCCCCUGCGCGGCUCCGGGUGCCGCGAGAGACUCGGAUGGAACUUCUUGGCUGAACACCGAUGAGGAAUCUUGCUUAGUGAGUGGUGGGAUCUCUGUAGCCGCUCCUAGCGCUGGAGGUUUGGCACCUGCACCCCCAUGUGCCAGUGAGUGGGAAAUGUUCCAAUUUGGAAAAUACAAUCUGGACAUUAUAGAGAUGUUAAGUGGGCACCAGGCCCACCAGUUCAAAGGCCUUGGUUUAGAUCGACAGCUACAACAUCAGCAGCAAGUGCAACUUCACCAGCAUCAACUCCAGCAGCAGCAGCAGCAGCAGGCUGAGUCAUCUGGAGCUCUUCUGUCUGGACUUGGCCUGGGCCCCCUGCAGGGGUCAAGAGGUAACGCCUUUUCUGAUUCUGCCUCGAUUUUUGCCAAGAUGAGUGCCCCUCCUCCCCCACCUUUACAACAACAGCCUUCCUCAUCUCAGAGCUCUCGUUCAAAGUCCAGCAAGAUGAGCAGCAGCAGCUCAAGCCAUUCUUCAGGCUACCCACAGUUCCUGCGCUCUUUCCACCCGUCUGAGGCAGCACUAGCACAGGAGCAGUUACACCCAGGUGUAGGCCGCUUUGAGCACUUUGCUGGGGGGAGUAGCAGUAGUGGGAGUGCUGGGGGAUUAGGAGGAUUAGUAACAUCAGCACCUCCACCCCCUCCUCCUCUGCAUCCCGGGCUCUCUGUUCCCCAGGCAUCACCUGGCCCCUCCUCUUCCUCUCCUUCCCCCUCAACCUCUGUGGCCACCUCUAACAAUCCUGCUAGCAGCAGUGCAGUCAGCUCACUGGGACACCAGUUGGUUGGGGCCCAGUCUGAUGCACGCAGCCUUCACCAACAGUUUAGUUGCAUGUUAGCUGCUAAUCAGUAUUUUCUUUCUGGGGUGCCUGCUAAUGCUAGUUUAGAACAGUUCCUUGUUCAACAGGGAACCCAUAACCACUUAGGGAUUGGUUUAAGUCAAACGGGUGGGGAGCCUAGUACUAGCCUUGCCCCUCCUCCUGCUUUGCAUUCUUCUCACUCACAUGGCCACUCCACUCCCCAACCACAGCAGGCUUCGCAGCAACCUCCCCAGCAGCAACAGCUCCCACCUCACACCCUGUCUCAUCCUCACUCUCAUUCUCAUCCGCACCACCCUCUCCACCCAGGCUCCCAGCCCUCAUCACUGGGUGGCUUUGACUUCCAGGGCAUUCCUGUACUCUCAUCAAAUCAGAUAGCCUCUCUAAUGCAGCAGGAAGCAGGUUUGCCCCUCCCCUUACCACUCCAUUUAUCCUUAUCUAAGGAGGAUGGUAAGGGGGAAAGCAGUGGAGGUGGAAGUGGUGGUGGCAGUAGCAGUAGAAGGAAGAAAGCAAUGGCCGGCUAUCUGCCACAGAGAAAAUCUGAUAGCAGUAGUAGUAGCAGUAGCAGCCAUGGGCACGGUAGCCACAGUGGUAAUCCUAGCACUAAUAGCAAUGGGGGGCUUAGUCAUGGGCACCCCCCAGCUUUAAUUGGCAGUGGGGUUGGUAUAGCAAAUAUGGGUGGAGACCCGUCAUCCCUUCUUGCCUCAUCAUCUUCAUCCUCAUCAGUAGUUUCUUCUUCCUCCUCCUCUGCUCCCUCUUCCACUGCUGCCUCAGUACUAGUUACUAAUGAUUCUCAGCUUGCUAAAUCUGAUAACCAGAGCUCAAUGCAACCCAACGCUGCAGAGUCUGACACAGAGCCAGUUUAUAGCUGUGGAGAUUGUGGCAAAAGCUUCCCUCAACUUUCAAGCCUUCGCAGGCAUUUGCGCAUGCAUGAGCCAACCACAGCAGGUACUAGCAAUACUGCCACCACAGGCCCAAACCCUAUUCACAUUAAAACACAGACCGACCCAAGUCUACCCCAUUCGACCCAAGAACCUCCUCCACCCUCAACCAAUUCUUGUCCUAGCCCAGACAAAAUUUUUCACUGUCCCGAUUGUGGCAAAGGCUUUAAGAAAAAAGGGCACCUCCUGCAACAUGGCGUUAUACACUCGUCAGCCCGCCCAUAUGGCUGCUCCACCUGCUCUCGGGCUUUUAACCGUAGAGAGUCACUGACACGCCAUGAGAAGAUACAUGAGGAAAAGCCAUUUCGAUGUCCCGCCUGUGGUCGUGCCUUCCGUGAGAGCACCUCUCUUCUCAACCAUGCUGCCUCAGGCACCUGCGGCAAGCCAGGUAGGGGACCCAAACAACGGGGCGGCAAGACAGGAACUGAUGGUGAGGACAGAGUCGGGGGAGGGGGUGGAGGAGGAGAACCAAAAUCAGGUUUGGGAUGUGAUGGUCUGUUUCAGUCUGGAAGGGGAGGGAAUUCAAAUGACAGGGACAGAACAGAUGGUAAAUACCCCACUGACUACUCUCGGAAUCGUUACACAGGCUACCAUGAUGACCACCGUUCUCAAGGUAAUCCGUCUCCAUGCUACUCUGGUGCCUCCCCCUGUGGAAGUGGGAUGGCGGGCCCAGCUCUGAGAAAGGCUCCCUUGGCCCCAACUCUGCAUCCACACUCACAGAGCCACAACCAGCACCACCAUCCGCAGCAACAACCCCACCUGCCCCUCUCUUCUCUACUGGAUGACUCAGAGGAUGAUGUCACUAGCUCUGUCAAUAAUGCGAUCUCUGCUAUAACAGCAGCUAGUAACAGUGGAAAUAGAGGGGAUGAUAGGGGAGACAUCAUAGGAGGCCUGCUAGGUGGUCUUGGUUUAGGACCUUUGGGCUCACCUUCAUCCACAUCUGGUUUGGAUAAGAAUUUCAGAGCUGGUGGGAGCCAGGAGGCUUUGAGCAGCAACCCACAGAAUCCUACUGCCAAACCAAAACGUCCUCGCAAACCAAGAGCUAAGAAAGAUCCCUCAGCCUGUGGACAGCCCCCAAAACGUCGUCAAUACACCCCCCGGAUGGGUCCCAGCGGCUUACCACGCACCCACCUUUGCAGUGUCUGUGGUAAGGGAUUUGCACGCCGCGAGACCUUACGCAGGCACGACCGCAUCCACACUGGAGAAAAGCCCCAUCACUGCACUAUUUGCGGAAAGUAUUUUAGAGAGGCUUUUCAUCUCAGCAAGCAUCAAACAGUCCACUCUGGAGCAAAGAAUUACAAAUGCACCAUCUGUGGGAAAGAGUUUGGUUACUCUCAAAGCCUCAGGAGACACAGCAAACUCCACCAGAAAGGCGAGCUUGAAGAGGUCCCCACAACACCAGCUCCAGAGAACCUUAACAGCUUUAAUCCAAAUCCUCAAUGUAGCGUGGUGCAAGACAGGAACCAGAAUCAAGCACCAAGCACCUCUUCCUACUACCCCUACUCUCAAGACGUCAAGCCUCAAGACACCAACCCUCAGCCGCAGCCUCCUCCCCAACAGCAGCCCCCGCCGCCCCCUCGACUCUACACCUGCGCUAUAUGCUGGAAGUCUUUCCGUCAUCACUUUCAUCUGACUGCCCAUCACCAAACCGUGCACGAAAGCGGGGGAGAAAAGCUCUCCUGUGAGGUAUGUGGGAAAGCAUUUGCCUACUCUAACAGCCUCACUCGGCACAGGCAGUCUCAGCACGGGAUUACCCGCUCUGAACCGCCUAACCCGCAAGAGGGCAGCAGCAGUUCUGGAGACAACAGAGGUGGAAGUGAUGUUAAUCAGUCAGCGUCAGAGAGCGAGGCCGCCACCAAUGCCCUGCUUCAGAUGGCUCCCUCCACUGAAGCCCACGGAGGGCAGGGUCUUAGUGUUGUGACACAUAGCAUCCAACAGGCACCCCAACAGCCACCGGCUGGUUACUCCCCCCUCUUUUAUGAUGCUGCCGCAGCCCAAUCUUCUGCCUCCAGCGCUCCGUCUUACUCUCAGCCUCUGCCUCCCAACUCUACCAUCAUGCCCCCGCAGCACCCGCAUUCCCCAGCAGGGGUGAAGGGAGAGCACAUUUAUCCAGCAGGAUCCCGUAGCCGCACGCUUCACACCACCGCCCCGUUCCAGCCCCUCACGGAACUGCCCUCCACUGAACAUCACCAUCUGCAUCACCAUCAUCAUCACUCCCACCAUCAUCCUCAUCAUCAGUCAGACACCCAGCCCCACCAACACCUUGACUGCAGCAUCCAGCUGUCCCACGAGGACAUGAGACGGCACAAGAAGAAAAAAAAAAAGUCUGACAGGAGGGAUUGGAGGGAAAAUAAAUGGGAAUCCCAAGGUUUAGUCAGAUUUGAUGGAGUGAAAAGGAAGAAAAAGAUAAGGUGUACAGUAAGAGGGCAGUUGAAUAAAAAACAAGGCUCUCUCCGUUUGACAAUUAGACGUGGAGGAGGCUCGGGUGGUGGUGGGUAUAAGCUUGUCAACACUGGCGGAAUGAAGGUGCAGAUCCUGUCAUCUCUCAAAGUUCCCGUGAAACGCUUUGGAUGUCCCAUAUGCCCUAAUUCUGUGUUUUCCCGUAAAGCGGGACUGCUGAUACACAUGGCAGUAAAACACCCUCAAACCGCCUUGAGCACUCAGGAGCGACUCAGGUGCAGUGUGUGUGGGAAGCAGUCCCACCGGGCCUUGGCAGCCUUCAUCCACCGGGCCUCCCAUCGGGCCAGAGGGACUUUCUCCUGCCGACACUGUUCCUCUCGCUUUUGGAAUGCAACACUUCUUCACAGGCACAAAGUGUCCUGCCGUCGCAGGGCCAAGGGACUACAGCGAGGAGAUGCCCAGAGGCUGAGGCUGUCGAACAGACCGGGAGAAAGACAGACCCACCAGGGUCAGGAGGAGAUGCCAUUCCUGCAGGGACCAUACAGAUAC